AUGAAAUAUAGUAUUGGUGUUGUUCUGUCUAGUCGGUUUCAUUACAUCCCUCUGCUUGAUGCAUUGUUCCUUGUCUCUCAUCUGCACCUCGCCUGAAAGCAUAAACCCUGCGGGGUCGAGACGUUGAGAUCGGAGGGAAUAGAUAGACUCGCUACUUUCUAUCGCAUUCUAUCCCCACCACCCUCCCCUGCCAAGUGUCAUUUAUCCGACUAGUUGAUUGACUGACUGAUUGCUGUCCAAUACGGUGUUUGUGAUUAUGCGCGAAGACAACGAACACAUCAACCCAUUCCUCGAUGCGCCCGAGCUCCGAGUCAGUCGGCCGGUGGCUGCCUGUUCGAGAUGUCGGACAGCCAAGAUCAAAUGCGACGGGAAGCUCCCCGCCUGUUCGGCAUGUGAACGAGUAGGGAAAGCCACCUCGUGUUCGGGGGCAAGCGAUGAAUUCGCACGCGGCAAGGAGAGAAGCUACGUCGCAUCCCUCGAGGGCCACUGCGAACGACUUGAAAAACGCAUCGCCGAGUUGCGUCGUCGCAAAGAAUUGCUUUCUCUCGGGCAGAAUGAAGUGGUGCGGGAAAGCUCCAUUACCUCCAACUCGGCCGCAGGGGGCUUUGCGCAGGGCCAUCGCAAAGAAGUGUCGGAUAUUGAUGACCUGGUCGGAGACUUUGGCUACUUGUCGGUCAAUGCUACUUCGAGGGACUUCCAUGGGAUCACGUCCAACGCGUCGUUUGCUAAUCUCCUCUUGUCGCUCUCCUUCGCCGGCGGGGUCCCAAAAUCGGAAUCAAGCUUGUUACCGCCGCGCAGUGACAUCACCCCGCUGUUGCAGCACUAUUUUGAUCGGUUCUUCCCCCAGUUGCCGUUUUUCGUCGAGACGAAUUUUUGGACGUCGGUGGACACCGUGUACCAGGGAGGAGGCCGCUUCGCCAAGUCCUCCGACCAGUGGUUUUUGCGCAUGGUGCUCGCAGUCGCUUCUGGGUCGCUGUCCAGCCAGGCAGGCGACCGAAGUUACCAGAGAGCUCAAUCCUUUCUCGCCGGGGCACUACCGUAUGCGGACGACGUUCUUCGCCCUGGUUCCAUCGCAGGCAUCCAGGCCAUCAUUCUCCUGGCGCAGUAUGCUCUCGUCGACCCCCAGCGAUUCCGCUCGUGGUAUUUGGUAGGCAUGGCAGCUCGAGCCAUAGUGGAUCUGGGACUGCACCAGGACCCCUCUCCCGAGGUCGUCUCCAAUAGUGAACCAUUGGAGAUUCGGCGUCGUGUAUUUCAUUGUGCCUACUGUCUCGACCGCGGGGUGAGCACAGCUCUGGACAGGACGUACUCCUUGUCGGAUGACUCGAUUAACGUUGCCUUGCCUUCCACCGCGGUACCAAUCCCCUCGGCACUGACAGAGUCGAAUCAUAUCUUCCAGCGGAGCCCGGAGCCCGCGUGGCAUCUGGUCCGCAUCCGACGGAUCUUGUCCGCAGCCUACCAGAAGAGAUUCUUUGAUCAAUCGGAGCAGGCAGGUCCACUACCUGACGCAUCGAUGUGGACGUUGUGCGCAAAAGCUCACGAAUGGUUGGAGGGCGCACCAAAGAUAGCUCCCUCGCAUUUCCCCCUGAUCUACCGGCUGGAGUUCCUCUACACCAUCACCGUCAUCCUCUCGCCUUCCGGAGAUAUUUCGACAUUAUGCGACUACGCCAAAGUGUUCUUGUUCGAGCAUUGCCUACAUUACAUCGCACAGCUGCACCGCGUGUGGGAGGAUCCCAAGUGGCUGCCGUUGAUGACCGAGCUCGAUCUCCAACGGGCCUACCAGGUGGGGGUGCGGAUUGUCGACAUCCUGUCGCAGCACUAUGAACUGCUCCUUAGCCCGUCCAUUCCGGCGCUGCCGACCCUCGCUCACAACGUGGCCCGGCCGCCGCUCGUGGACAGUGAGGAUCGGCUGAAGAGCCACGCACGGGCGAUCGACAGCCUGAGGCAGACGCAGGCUAUUCUCGCGCGCGGAGAGCGACGAUGGGAAACCAGUACGCUGCUUCAGAAAUUCCAGCAGAUUUCGGGCAGCGUGCAGGAACAAUUGUUGCAGCCUUCGCUGUUCUAUCUGGCAGAGCCACUGGGGUAUUCGGGCGACCUGACGGCCACGCAACCGCCGGAUCCGACUGACUCUGGAUAUGUCGCGUUUGGCCUCGGAUCAUCGUGACGAUGAGUUGGAUCGGCGCGUGGGUUCUCACACCAUGGACCGAUCGUAGAUCAUGAUAUCCUUCCUGUUUCCCCCCCUCAAUAUUAUCUAUUACAUACCAAUUGGUCUUUUGACCCUCUUUCUCCUAUUCACUGGCCAUCGCGGCCGAGUCCCACUGUCGCGUGUUCUUAGGGCGUUCGUCCAGGUCGAUGUGACCAAUUCGGGACCAAAGAUGGGAAGCUGCAUCUCCUCCACUUCGGGACGACUCCACCCACCCACAUCGUGGCCCACGGGAAUCCCCAGUUGCUCGCAGGGAGAAAUAUACGACCCCCAUGUGGAUUCUGCUCGUGUGCAAUUGUUUUCAUUUGGGUGAACGCAAGGGGUCAAAUUUUGUUUCCAGCUGGAGAUCAGAUCAGAUCUUUCUGGAGCGCGACCACCAUUCAGCCGGUCCGAUCCUGUCCAUCAAUUACAAAUCUUUCCAUUUGACUUCAAUGGUUCUCCCGUCC